AUGCGUUCGGAUUGUGGACGAAAUUAUAUAGGAGCGAGUAACUAUAUUAGAGAGCUUGAUUCAUUCCUGUCCCAAAAGCAUGAUGAUCUUGCUUCACAACUAGCCCGCAAGAAUAUAAAUUGGGAAUUUGACCCACCGGCCUGUCCUUAUUGGGGAGGAUUGUUUGAAGCAGCCGUUAAGUCUGCCAAGACGCACCUUAAACGAGUAAUCGGUGAAAAUCCCCUUACCUUUGAAGAAUUGACCACUGUAUUUGCAAAAAUUGAGCCUGUACUUAACUCUCGGCCUUUGUGUUCCUUAUCUCAAGAUCCCAAUGAUCUUGAAGUGUUAACCCCUGGUCACUUUCUCAUUGGUCAACCCCUUACUGCGUUACCCGAGUACCCAUUGAGAGACGAGAAGCAGCAUCGCAUUUCACGCUUUCACUUAUUGCAACAAAUUACUCAACAUUUUUGGUCGCGGUGGCAUUCAGAGUACCUAUCAACCCUUCAAACUCGUAAUAAGUGGACUUCUCCUAUGAAUCCUCCUAAUGUUGAUGAAUUGGUUUUGAUAAAGGAUGACAACCUCCCUCCUUUGGAGUGGCGCCGCGGACGUAUAGUACAGUUAUUUCUUGGUCAAGACGGUGUAAUUCGAGUAGUCGAGGUCAAAACCUCUACUGGUUCCUUAAAACGUUCUCUUACAAAACUGAUACGCCUCCCUAUUGAGUAA